AUGCGUCUCUGGACGACCCCCCCGGGUUGCGUCACCGGCAACACAAACCGAACUGCGGCUCCCGAAGAUGCGAACCGGACUGCGCAUCCGGACGGCCCCGACCGGACUACGGGUCUGGACGACCCCGGCCGGACUGCGGGUCCAGACGAUUCCAGCCGGCCUGUAUCUUCAGACGACCGGAGCCGCACUGUGUCUCCGGACGAUCCCAACCGCACUGCGACUGCAGACAAUCCCAGCCGCACUAAGACUCGCAAAACGCGAACCAGACUACGACUCCGGACUACGUCUCCAUUAACCUGUCGGAAUGCGUCUCUGGACGACCUCGGCCGGACUGCGGCUCCCGACGGCGUGAACUGGACUGCGGCUCCGGGGGAUGCGAACCGAACUGCGGAUUCGCACAAUCCCGGCCAGGCAGCGGGUCUAGACCCGGCCGGACUGCGGGCCCAGACGAUUCGAGCCAGACUGCAUCUUCAGACGACCCAAGCCGCACUGUCUCCGGAUGAUCCCAACCGCACUGCGUGUGUAGACGAACCCGACAGGACUGCGAGUCCAGAAGACCCCGACCGGACUAGGGCUCCGGACGACCCCGGCCGGACUGUGGCGCCGGACGACCCCUACCGGAUUGUGCCUUCAGAAGACCCUGGCAGGACUGCGUCUCCGGACGACCCCGGGCAGACUGCGGGGCCGAAGGACCCCGUUCAGACUGAAGGUCCAGACUAUCGCAGCCUGACUACGUCUUCGGAGGACCCCAGCCGCACUACGUCUUCGGACGAACCCACCCGCUCUGCGGCUCCCGAUGACACCGACCGAACUGCGGCUCUGGACGACCCUCACCGGAAUGGACCUCCGGACGACCCCCGCCAGACUGCGUCUCCGGACGACCCCCGCCGAACUGUGUCUUCGGACGACACCGUUGGGUCUACAUAUCUGGACAUAUGA